AUGAAGGAAAUGUACAGUGCGAUCCAGCUGGAUGAGGUAGGAUUAAAGUUUAAGAUGAGCAAACCAAGCUAUAAUCUCUCACCUCUUGAAAUAAAAUAUGCAGACGGAGUGCUGGAAAUCCCACGCUUUCAGUUAGACGAUACCACGGAGAUUUAUGCUCGAAACCUUGUUGCCUUGGAGAAAUGUCACUAUCCUAAAGAUGAGGCAUAUAUUACUGAUUACUAUACCCUGUUAGGUUUCCUUAUCAAAACAGGCAAAGAUUUGGAUGUACUUGUACGAGAGCAGAUCAUCGAUAAUUGGCUGGAUGGUGUCGUGGCAACUUCAUUGAUCAACAAGCUGUCCGGCGAAAAAUGUUUGUAUAUCAAAAUGAACUCUUAUUAUCGCAAGAUGGCUGAAGAGUUGAACGAAUUCUAUAAUAAUCCCCGAAGCUCAUCCCCUUGA